CCAGUGUUUUUUCACUUCACUGCGCUUUGCGUCCUUUCUUCUGCUCUCAGUUACUUUUAGGUUUUAGGGUUCUUCUGCAUACUCAGUUUCAGCCACAGCCAGUGUGUCUUCACUCUUUGGGGAUAUGGAUUCAUCUGAGCUGGAUGGAAAUGGUACCGAGGCAUCCCUGCCACCACCACCCCCUGUUGUUCCACCUGAUGUUGUCCCAGUUAAAGCAGAAGACGCACUUGCUGAACCUGUUAAGAAAAAGGUUUCUCGCCUUCCGAUCGCCAGGCGUGGGCUGGGAUCAAAAGGAAUGAAGAUAGCUCUUCAAACCAAUCACUUCAAAGUUAAUGUCACUAACAAUGAUGGAAAUUUCUUCCAUUAUAGCGUUGCGUUUGCUUAUGAAGAUGGACGCCCUGUAGAAGGUAAGGGUUUCGGGAGAAGGAUAAUGGAUAGGGUGCAUGAGACGUAUGCUUCUGAGUUAAAUGGUAAGGACUUCGCAUAUGACGGGGAGAAAAGUCUGUUUACCAUUGGUGCUCUUCCAAGCAACAAGCUUGAGUUUGAAGUUGUUCUGGAGGAUGUUGUUUCGAAUAGAAAUAAUGGUAACUGUAGCCCUGAUGGUCAUGGGGACAAUGAAAGUGACAAAAAGAGGAUGCGACGCCCGUAUCGUGCGAAGAAAUUUAAAGUAGAGAUUAGCUAUGCCGCCAAAAUUCCAAUGCAGGCCAUUGCCAAUGCCUUGCGUGGGCAGGAAUCGGAGAAUUUCCAAGAAGCCAUCAGAGUGCUCGAUAUUAUAUUGAGGCAACAUGCUGCUAAACAAGGUUGCCUCCUAGUUCGGCAAUCCUUCUUCCACAAUGACCCAAGGAAUUUUGCUGAAGUUGGAGGUGGUGUGCUUGGCUGCAGAGGAUUCCAUUCAAGUUUCAGAACUACUCAGAGUGGCCUGUCUCUGAACAUAGAUGUCACAACUACUAUGACAAUCCAGCCUGGACCUGUUGUGGACUUCCUAAUUGCCAAUCAAAAUGUGCGAGAUCCAUUUCAGCUUGACUGGGCAAAGGCCAAAAGGACCCUAAAAAAUCUGAGGAUUAAAGUAAGCCCAUCCAAUCAAGAGUACAAAAUUACAGGUCUCAGUGAACUCCCAUGCCGAGAUCAGACGUUUUCUCUUAAGAAAGGUGGAAGGGAUGGUGAUGAUGGUACUGAAGAAGUGACUGUUUAUGAUUAUUUUGUCAAUGCUCGUAGGAUAGAUCUUCGAUACUCUGCUGAGCUUCCUUGUAUCAAUGUUGGCAAGCCUAAACGACCGACAUACUUCCCCAUUGAGCUUUGUGAAUUGGUGUCCUUGCAACGUUAUACAAAAGCGCUGUCCACGCUUCAAAGGGCUUCAUUGGUAGAGAAGUCCAGGCAGAAGCCACCAGAGAGGAUGAGGGUUUUAUCUGAUGCACUAAAAACCAGCAACUAUGGUUCUGAACCUAUGCUUCAAAAUUGUGGAAUUUCUAUAAGCACUGGCUUUACUCAAGUGGAUGGUCGGGUUCUGCCUUCACCAAGGUUGAAGCUUGGCAAUGGUGAGGACUUAAAUCCAAGGAAUGGGAGAUGGAAUUUUAGUAAUAAGAGUUUUGUGCAGCCAAUAAAGAUAGAACGGUGGGCUGUAGUUAACUUUUCUGCACGAUGUGAUGUAAGAGCUCUUGUGAGGGAUAUGAUUAGAGUUGCAGGAACGAAAGGAAUUUCAAUGGAAGAUCCAUUUGAUGUGCUUGAAGAGAGUCACCAGUUUAGGCGUUCCCCACCAAUGGUUAGAGUGGAGAAGAUGUUUGAAAGCAUCCAGUCUAAACUUCCUGGAGUUCCUCAGUUCCUUCUAUGUCUAAUUCCCGAGAGGAAAAACUGUGAAAUUUAUGGUCCAUGGAAAAAGAAAAAUCUUACCGAGUAUGGAAUUGCCAGCCAGUGCAUGUGUCCUUUAAGGGUCAAUGACCAGUUUCUGACUAACGUUUUGAUGAAGAUAAAUGCCAAGCUUGGUGGAUUGAAUACAUUAUUAGGCGUUGAACACUCUCCAGCUCUUCCAGUCGUUUCAAAAGCACCCACACUUAUCCUGGGCAUGGAUGUUUCGCAUGGCUCACCAGGGCAAUCUGAUAUUCCUUCAAUUGCAGCGGUGGUCAGCUCUAGACAAUGGCCUCUUAUAUCGAAGUAUAGGGCCUGUGUUCGUACCCAGUCCGCAAAGGUUGAAAUGAUAGAUAACCUGUUCAAGAAAGUAUCUGACAAAGAUGAUGAUGGAAUUAUAAGGGAACUUCUACUUGAUUUCUAUGUUAGUUCUGCGAAGAGAAAGCCAGACAAUAUAAUUAUUUUCAGGGAUGGUGUUAGUGAAUCACAGUUCAAUCAAGUUUUGAACAAAGAGCUUGAUCAAAUCAUUGAGGCAUGUAAAUUCCUUGAUGAAAAGUGGGAGCCCAAGUUUGUGGUUAUAGUUGCUCAGAAGAACCACCACACAAGAUUCUUCCAGUCUGGUUCUCCUGACAAUGUCCCACCUGGAACUGUUGUUGACAACAAAAUUUGUCAUCCAAGAAACUAUGAUUUCUACCUAUGUGCACAUGCUGGAAUGAUAGGCACUAGCAGGCCUACACACUACCAUGUUCUUCAUGAUGAGGUUGGUUUUAGUGCUGAUGAGCUACAGGAGCUUGUACAUUCUCUGUCAUAUGUGUAUCAGAGGAGCACCACUUCCAUUUCUGUUGUUGCUCCAAUAUGCUACGCACACUUGGCUGCAACCCAGGUGGGGCACUUCCUCAAAUUUGAAGACAAAUCUGAGACAUCCUCAAGUCAUGGUGGACUGAGUGCUGCUGGAGCUGUCCCUGUCCCGCAGUUGCCGAAAUUGCAGGACAGUGUUUCCAACUCAAUGUUCUUCUGCUGAGGUGUCUCAGUUGCUUAUGAGAGAAAGCAAUGCUUGUACAUAAAAACCAUGCUCAGAUCUAGCUAGCUAUCUAUCUAACUAUCUAUCUAACUCUGGAUACUGGUAGACUUAGCCAUGUUAGCCUAAGACUUAUCGUCUAUGUUUUAGACUGUUUUGUUUUAUGUGAUAUAUGGCAUGUGUUUAGCACUGGCUUUCAAGUGGCAAUGUAUUGAGAUGCUUUUGUAGUUAUGUUUGGUUUAAGAUCUGAUUAUAUUUGAUUA